AUGUCAGAAAAAAGUUCCUCACUCCACGACCCGGACAACAAACACAUCGAAAAUACCCAAAAUCCCACCCACAAAGACAACCAUGACCUCAACAUCCUCGAAACCCAACUCCCAAACUCCCACGACCUCCAGGUAUCCAAACGCCUCGUCCGCAAAAUCGAUUUCCGCCUUCUCCCCGUCCUAGCAUGCAUCUACUCCUUCGCUCUCAUCGACCGCGUCAACCUCCCGAAUGCCCGAAUCGCAGGCAUGGACGAAGAUCUCCAACUCAGCGUCGGAAACCGCUACACUCUCAUCACGAUGAUUUUCUUCGUUCCUUACGUGAUAUUUCAAUUUCCUGCGAAUAUCGCUAUUCGGAAAUUGGGAGCUUGUCUGUGGCUUUCGAGUCUGGUUUGCGCUUGGGGGAUUGUGUGUAUUGGGAUUGGGUUCAAUCAGAAUUGGACGGAGACUUUGGGGUGUAGGAUUUUGUUGGGGGUGCUUGAGGCUGGAUACUUUCCCGGCUGCGUGUUCUUGUUAUCGUGCUGGUAUCUGAGAUUUGAAGUGCAGAAACGGUUCUCAGCUUUCUACCUUCUGGCGCUGUUAUCUUCGGGCUUCUCAAAUAUUCUGGCAUACGGGCUUAGUGAAAUGAAAGGUAUCGGAGGACUCAAUGGCUGGAGAUGGAUCUUUAUUAUGGAAGGAAUAAUCACUGUUGCCCUUGGGUUGCUGGGGUACUUGUUCAUCAUCGACUUUCCGGACAAAUCGACGAGGCCUGGACUUAUCAUCAAAAAGCCAUUCUUGACCGAGGACGAAGCGAGGAUCAUUCUGGCACGAAUCGAUCGCGAUCGAGGAGAUGCUGUUGUUGAUAAGCUGACGACGAAGAAUGUUAUGAUCUAUCUGAAGGACUGGAAGAUCUGGGAAUAUGCCUGGUUGUACUUGCUGAACAAUACGGUGACAUAUUCGUUCGGGUUCUUUCUGCCCAUUAUUCUGAACGGCGAUAUGGGUUACUCUACGACCAUGAGCCAAGUGCUCUCUUUUCCGCCAUAUGUAUUUGCUGCUCCUUGGAUGUUCACGACGGCAUGGUUUGCCGAUCGCUAUCACAAGCGUGGCAUCGUGCUCAUCUUCAACUGCGCCAUUUCCAUCGUUGGAGUCGCCAUGAUGGGUUUCAUCACCAGCAACCCUGCAGCUCGCUAUGCCGGAGUCUUCCUCGGUGUUGCUGGAGCCAAUAGCAACGUGCCAACGAUUUUAAGCUAUAUGCAUAAUAACAUUGUAGGCCAGAUGAAACGCAGCGUGGCAAGCGCUUUGCUCAUCGGUGGUGGAGCAAUUGGAGGAAUUGUGGCUUCGAACAUCUUCAGGCAACAGGAUGCUCCGCGAUAUCUCCCAGCGAUGUAUGCAGUCAUUGGGACCCAAGCGGUGAGCAUACUGCAUGUCUUGAAGAACUUUAUGGUAUACUCUCGCAGGAAUCGGAAGGCAGAUCGUGGCGAGCUCAUCCUGGAAGGUCAAGUUGGUUUCAGGCAGACGUUGUAA